AUGUGGGGAGACAUCAAAAUUGUUCAUGGCAAGCCUCGUCAUAGCCAGACCCAAGGAUCAAUUGAACGCGCGAAUAGGGACGUUGAAGAAAUUUUGGCUUCUUGGAUGGCUGAUAAUAAAUCAAAAGACUGGCCAAUGGCGUUAAAAUUCCAUGUUUAUAAUAGGACAAUAGGUAUUGGAAGAUCACCAUACGAGGCGAUGUUUGGUUGUACAGCGAGAACAGAGUUACUUUCAGCAGGGAUACCUUACGAUGAAAUAGAAAAACUUCAGUCAGAAGAGGAUAUUGAAGAACUAUUUAAUAACAGCAACCAUUCAGAUCAUAUUAAUGCAGUAGAAGAUGAUUUAGUCAGAGUUGGAGAUCUUGAAAAUGAAGUAAACUUGGAGACUGAAAAUGAAGUAAACUUGGAGACUGAAAAUGAAUUAAGAAAUACUAAAGACAUAGGUAAUUAUUAA